AUGUCUCUAUCAUCCUCGUCGACCCGCCCACUGGCCUGUAUAAAGCAAGCAAUUGGGCAAUGUCGAGCCGGAAAGCAACAACACCGCCGCUAUGCCGCCGCAGCAGCAGCACCAGACUCCGCCUAUCCGUCCCUUCAGACAAAGUACCCACCACCACCUCCCGGCUUCCGCACCUCGCAGACCACUAACCAGAAUCGCUUCGAAACCGGGCUCAGACGCAUCCCCACCGUCCCCCCACCCCGCAGCACCACCAAACUCUGCCCGGACCCUAUCCAAGCCCUAACAACCACCCAGCUCCUCACCCUCGACCCCACCGGCGCCCGUACCCGCCUCUUUUCCCCUUUCAACCCCGAACGCGUCCAAGUAGGCGAUAUCCUGCUUUUCCGCCUCAAAACGGGCGAUCCCGUGAGCGGCAUCGUGCUGAACGUCCGACAACGCCAUCAACCGAUCGAUACAGCUGUGUUGAUUAGGAACAAUUUGACGAGGGUGGGGGUGGAAAUGUGGUUUAAAGUGUACUCGCCAAGCGUGGAGGGGAUAGAAGUGGUGAAGCGGGCGGAGAAGAGGGCUAGGAGGGCGAAGUUAUACUUUCUUAGGGAGAAGAGGCAUGAUCCUGGUUCUGUGGAGGGAGUGGUCAAGCAGUAUUUGAGGGCUAGGCAGGGUGGGGUUAUGAACGUGAGGGAGGGGCAGAAGGGAGGGAAGGGUGGGAAGAAGGGCAAGCGCUAG